CACAGGUAAUAGAGGUAUAUAGGAGGAAAAACAGGGGUACCAUCUUCAUUCUGGCAACACUGCAGGCCGGGCGGAUGUAAACACGGCGCUGAUAGGGAAGGGCGGCGCUGAGUCAGUCCUCCUCCUGCUGCACAAACCACCUCAAGAAUGCCGGCCUACCACUGUAAUAUGCCCCACCCCGGCUCCGUGGUGGGCAACAUGGCCAUGCUGCCGCUGCGGACCAAGUACCGCGGCCCCGCCCCCCUCAUGGCCGGGGACGGGAUUGAUGUGGUGGACGAGGCGCUGCAGUACUUCAAGGCCAACGUGUUCUUCCGCACCUACGAGGUCAAGGGCGAGUGUGACCGCACAUUGAUUUAUGUGACGCUGUACAUCACUGAGUGCCUCAAGAAGCUGGCCAAGUGCAAGGACAAGAACACAGGAGUCAAUGAGAUGUACUCCCUCGCUGUGUCCAAGUUCCCCAUCCCGGGCGAUCCCACCUUCCCACUCAAUGCUGUCUACGGCCGGCCCAAGAAUGAUGCUGACCUGGAGUUGAUGCAGCAGUACCUCCAGCAGCUGCGGCAGGAGACUGGCCUGCGGGUGUGUGAACGUGUCUUCAGCACCCCAGACGGCAAGCCCUCCAAGUGGUGGCUGUGCUUCACCAAAAAGAAGUUCAUGGACAAGUCUCUCCUGGCACCCAGUGCAUAAUGAUCUCUUUGCCAAAACUGCCGAGGUGUCUCGGUGCCGUGAUUGUUUGUCGCAGGUGACUCUUGUUUCCCUUAGCAUCCAAACCAUUCCACAAUAGAAAGGAAUCUUUUGGCAUUUAGUAAGUUUCCUAUUCAUUUGCUUACAGUAUCAUCUUUGAAUAUUUAUCUGCUCAUUGCCUCACCAAGCUCUGUAGUUUGUUGAUGUGGGAGUAAGAGCAGUCAUUUGCUGGGUGAGUGCAGGCCAGAGGAUGAGUAGAUACUUUGCUCAUCAGUUGGACUUGGAAGUCUAAUCAGUCAGGUGUAUAUUUGAUUAUCAUGUUCAACGUAUGUAUGUGUAACUGGGGAGGGGAAAUACAAAUGGCCGUAGGCUGAGGGAAUACCAUUUGUGUAACAUGCUGCAUAUAAUGUUAAGAAGUCAAAGAGUUUUUAUGGGUAAAUGAACUCUUCCUUCAUGUAGCUGAUUACUGAAAGGAGUUUGUCAUGUCCUCAAAUAUUUACUAUAACCAGUGAUUCCCAAGUUUUAUAUCGUGUGGAUUGUUAUUCUUUAUUCAUUAAAACAAUUUAACUUA